CUGCCAGUUGGCGAGAGGGGAGCGCGGUGGUAUAAAGGUGGCCCCUAACGCCCACUCUCGCCAGUCUCGGCGCAUAGCGAGGAACACGCAAGAGGGCCAAGAACAGGGACAACCAUCGCCCACCCGUACACCAUUGCCACCCUCGACACAAAAAAAAAACCCUGACAAGCAAUAAACGAACGACAGCGAGCUGCAUCCAGAUAAUUUGAUUGAACUAAGUAAGCUGUAAAGUUGUUAUUAUUUUACAAAGGAACGCAGAACAGAAAAAUAGAUCCCCGUAGAUACGAUUAAAAGUAAAUAUCACGAACUUUGGACUGUUUUUGCAAAAAAAUAUAUACCACCGCUAAACUUUAAAUACAACGCUGCAAAUAGAAGGGCUGUGUUCAAAUUAGUACAACCCACGUGCACCGAGAAGCCUAGUUUUUUUAUUUAUAUUAUUACAAUAGUAGUUACUAAAGUCGAUCAUUUUGACGCGUCUGCUCGGUGGAGUCUCUCGGAAUCUCGAAGGGAACGAAGCAAAGGAACGACUUCACGUCUCUCGUUCAGGCCGUGGCUCCUUGAAUCUGUUUUUUUUGUUUGACGACCUCGUUCUGCGUCCCAGCAUCUCGCUUCAGAAGGAGCUCUGCUGUGAACCAAGACCAUCAACAUCUGGUCCAUCUCACGCCUGGACUCACUCCAUCAUCCCCGUGGUGAUCAUCCUCUCGGCCACGCGCCCUCCUUUCGCUACAAAUCUCUCUUCCGUCGCCCAUCCGUCCUGUUGACUCAAAGCCUCUCUCGAGAUGGGAACGCUGUGCCCGUGCUCGCUGCUGCUGCUGCUGGUGGCCUCAUUCGCAGUGACAGCUCUCGCUCAGCAGCCAGAUCCUCCGCUCACAUACAUGCCUUGCUCUGAAGGGUAUGAACUGGACUCCGACAUGACAACCUGCAAAGACAUCAACGAGUGCGACACCAUCCCGGACGCGUGCAAGGGCGACAUGAAGUGCGUGAACCACUACGGGGGCUACCUCUGCCUGCCGCGCUCCGCCACCUUCGUGGUCACCAACAGCUUCGGCGGCGCCGGUGGCAACAGCGGUGGUAGCGGCAGCAGCGCCGGUGGCAGCAGUCAGCCUGCCGCCCGUGAGACCUCAUCCCAGGUGGCGCCGCCGUUGCCGGGCGUCCGUCAGCCCGGAGGAGGAGGAGGGGGAGGAGGAGGCGCGGCCGUUCGUCUCGGAGCGCCGCCGCUAAACCGCGGCCCUCAACCUCCCGUGCCCGGCCACCGCGUAGCGGUGUCCAACCCGGGCGCGGGCAGCGCGGGCGGCGUGGGGCUACCGUCCUGCCCGCUGGGCUACACGCGGGACACCAGGAGCCAUUGCGUGGACGUGGACGAGUGCGCGACCAGCUCACACCGCUGUCGGCCCAACCAGGUUUGCACCAACGCGCCCGGCAGCUACACGUGCCGCUGCCCGGAGGGAUACCAGAUGGUGGCGGGCCAGUGCGUGGAUAUUGACGAGUGCCGCUACGGGAUGUGCGCCCAGGGCUGCGUGAACACGCAGGGCUCCUACACGUGCCAGUGCAGCCCGGGAUACGUGCUCUCCUCCAACAACCGCUCCUGCGAGGAUGUGGAUGAGUGUGUGGAGGGCAGCCCGUGCAGCCAGCUCUGCUUCAACACCUACGGCUCUUUCCUCUGUCGCUGCUCCCCUGGCUUUGUGUUAGACGGCGACGGAUUAACCUGCAAAGAUGUGGACGAGUGCAGCUACUCCGACUACCUGUGCCAGUACCGCUGCAACAACAACGCGGGGUCCUACUCCUGCAGCUGCCCCGGCGGAUACCAGCUUCAGACGGACAACGGGAGUUGCCGCGAUGUCGAUGAGUGUGCGACGAACUCGCACAACUGCACGGGGAAUGAGAACUGCUACAACGUCUUCGGUGGCUACAAGUGCCUGGAGAAAUUGCAGUGCGAGGAGCCGUACACUCAGGCUGGCGAGGACCGCUGUGUGUGCCCCAGCGAGAAGAACACGUGCAUCAACAAGCCGUACACCGUCCUCUACAAGCACAUGCACCUGCGCUCGGAGCGCACCGUGCCCACCGACAUCUUCCAGAUGCAGGCCACGACGCGCUACCCCGGCGCCUACUACACCUUCUUCAUUCGCGCCGGCAACGACCAGAGGGAGUUCUUCAUGAGGCCCCUGGGCCCAGCGAGCGCCAUGCUGGUGCUGGUCAAGCAGCUGCAGGGCCCGCGGGAGGUCGUGCUGGACCUGGAGAUGAUCACCGUCAACCCGGCGCUCAACUACCACGGCACGUCCGUCAUCCAGCUCAAGAUAUUCGUGUCGGAACACAACUUCUGAACGUCCCGUUUCGCACCGGCGAACGCAGAAAAAAAAGAUUGAUAUCGUUCCUCCGCGGACUUAACAAUCAGUAAGAUUCGUAUAAAACGAUUAGUUAUUUUGUUCUGGGGAAUACACCGACAAUUCAUGUAGUUUUGGGGGGUUUCUUUUUUUUUCACCAAAAAAAGACAUUGUUGCUUUUUUUUAAAGUGUAGUUUCUCAUGCGCCUCCUUCUCAAUGCAUGCUGUUAGAGACUCGUGUGUGUCCCGAAUUAUUAAAUAUAAUUUUAAAGCUCAUAGAAUAUGGAACGUGUUAAUGUGUGCGCACAACUGACGCAGAACAUCGGUUCACUGAAUUAUCAAGGGUUUACAGAGCGCGUCGCUGCUAACGGUUCAAGGGGCAGCACACCGGACUCACAAUCCAGAGCUUUCCAGUUCCACUUCAUUUCCCGCUGCAGCAGUUAAGACAAUGGGACCGAGUCUAAAUCUCCACCUCCGUCCACCCAGCCAUGUGCAUGCCGCUGUCAGUCGAUCGGCAAGCGGCGUGCGGUGGGGUCCUGUCUGUGCUUCCGAGACAUCUGCCCAGUGCGGAAGAGUAGGUCAAAUAGCCUCUAUGGAUGCUCCCUUUAUUGGAGGCCCCAUCUUCACAGCAGUGGUGCGAGCGAGAAAUUGCCGCGCUGCGCUUUUACGAUUGUCUACCGCAGUACAAUACAAUGUAGCUUAACGGAUGGAAAAAAACUUGCAUUCUCAUCAUAUGCCCGAUCAUUCUUAUGUCCAUCUUCUAUCAGUGUUGAGCAUUUCGCCUGCAGCACAGACAGGAUGGAUGUACAGGGGUUCAAAGUCUCUUUAUUUUUGCGGACAGGGAGAAGUAAAAAGAAAACAAGCACAUUGCAGUCGAACUUAUCCAAAUGGCGACUGCACUAUUUUAAACUGUACGCGUAUUAUACAUACAGGAUUGAUUUGGUAUAAAAUGCAUUGGUUGAUAGGCCUUACGAGAUAAAAUAUUUCUCAACGACACAUAUAUAGAACACAGGAGAAAUUCGACAAUGUACUCUGGAUUAUACUGUAUAUAGAAGUAACCCCCCGUAUAGCCUUUCGAUUUUUUGAUCAUCAUCAUCAUCACGAUCCAUGGGCAGGUAGCCGGUAGUGGGUGUCCACUACACAUU